AUGGCCGAGUGCCCGCAGCGAUACUCGCAGCGACACCGGCGCCGCCUGGUCCUCGUGCUCCUCGGAGUGGCGGGGACGUCCUUUGGUCCAAGCUUCGUGGGCUUGGGCGGCGGGCCAAAACUUUUCAGGAGAUGCCGGUCAGCGUCGCUUCAGCGCAGCGUCUCGCGCGAGGAGAUGCUGCUGAGUGGCGAGGGCGCCAAGGUGAUCGAGGCACUUCCAACAGUUCGGCAGGAGGAGCUCCCGUUGAACACAAGCAUCGCCUUGGCCGGCAUCGCUCUCUUCGGAUACAUGUCUUACCAGUUCUGGACGCGCAUCGCCUUCGGGAAGGCUUUCGGCACCGGCCUCAGCACUGCCGAUCCGGUGGUCAUUCAGAAGCCGGAGGAGGUGUUUAAGGAGCUACAAGACCCGAGUAAGGGCAAGAGAAAGCGUCCUGUAGGCAUAGAGGGGAAAGUCUCCAUUGGCAUGGAUGCGGACACAAACCGUGGGCGCAAAGUUCUUGGUCUCGACGCGCUCAUCUUUGCAUAUCUGAUGUUUGCAUCUGCUUUCUUCAUGCUCGUGUUUGGAGCCGCUGCUGCAUACUACCCCUUGCUCAGUGGCCAAGUUCAGAUGGAUAGGCUUUAUGAAGCUGAAGCCGAACCCAAGGCUCGACUCCUUCAGUGGAAGGUCCAUCGCCUCUUCGGGCUUCGGUUGUCGGUCCCUGAGAUGCGGUCGCAAGCUGGAUCCACUCCGGGCUUGUCGCUGGAGCCUCCGCGCCCGAGGAGGAGCAAGUUCUCGGUCUUCUUCACGGAGGCCCCUGCUGGCUUCACUGGGUUUGUGGACGAUUCCGACGUCUUGGAGGAACAGGAUGGUGAGGGAGAACUACGGGAGAUGCUGGAAACCGGGGGAUGGCCCUGGGCGUCGAGUCCUGAGCACCAGGCUUUCGAGAUUGCUGCCUGGCUGUGCUGCUAUGCAAGGCAGCCGAGCUCAUUCGGCCGCAUGCUGGCCUUCGUGAAGCGGGCACACAACGUCCUGAAUCUCCUGGGCAAGAACAAAGGCCGGCUGGUUCUCUACUGUGAAUCGGAAGACUGGAUUCGCAGGAGCAACGUGCUGCUGCGCGCACCAACAGGUGUCGACAUUGGGGAGAGAUACGUUGCCGAUGAGAAAGUCCUCUGUGACUGCCUCCACCAUCUGCUUGUGGAUCAGCGGGGAUGGCUUGGCAUGGCGGACAUUAAACGCCUCUUCCGUGGUCGCUUUGGAGCCGAAAUCAGCGAGACAGCUUUCGGAUGUACAUCGAUGACAGAGCUGCUGUCGCAGCCGUUCGUACGGGCUCGCUUUCACUUUCAACCAGACUGGGAGCGUGGCUGUGGAUAUCUCAGUUUCUCAAGAACGAUGCCGCGCCGGCGGCAAUGCAACAUCCGCACCCUUCAGGACAGAAUGACGGUGCUGCGCCACUCUGAAGCCGCUAUCGGCUCCAUGCUGAAGUCUUGUUCUCACGCGGCAUCGGCAGCCACUGAUGACAAAGCUCCGGAGAAGGAGCAUGAAAUGCUCUCGUGGCAGGGAUUGAGUGCACUGUCUCCUAUGUACAUCUCUUCGAGUCAUAUCCAGACUCCACCACCACGAGCACAGAACUUGGGAGAUCCCGCUCAUCAAGGAGAGCUUCUCACACCGGUGAAGCGUAUGCCGAGAAGGAAUUUGCAGCAGGAGACGAAUGACGAUACGGAGCAGGAUGUGGCCGAUGCUCAUCACAUCUCACCUUUGCCGCCUUGGUGCUCUGUGAAGCGCACCUUCAUCAAUUGUGACGGGGUUCGAGGCGAGUCCUCACCGACAUCGCGUUCUCACUCAGCUCCCUCACGGACAGAUGAUUCUAGCCGCCAAGAGAAGCACUGGACCAAGAUCGAUUGA